AUGAAGACCGGGUCUCCGAGGUGUACCUAUCAGAACUGCUCGCCGCUGGCAUAUCGUAUACAGCCAUCCUGGAUUCUCAAGCCUUCUCAAGAUCGCCGCAGGGUUCUACGCCAACAUGACAGUGAAUACCUUUCAAACACAUCGACCAUUCUCCUCGAUCGACAAUCGACGCUCCUGAAUUGCGACCUUUCUUUUUUGCACAAAUUGGGCAGGGAUUUUCGAACCACGCCACGAGGACCAAGAAACGCCGAAGGAUUCGAGCCUCGUUUCAACCACGCACACCGUCGAGCGCACAAGAGGCUCAAAUCCCUUUUUGUUGCUAAAGGCAUCCUCGUGCUCGAGGAGUUUUGUGCUACACUAUCUCGAAAUUGGCAUAUAAACUGGGUUUAUUGUCAUCAAUUCGUACAGCAUGUUUGCAUGUUAACAUCGAGAUCUCAUUCUAGGUGUCGUCGCCAUAGGGGCUGGUUCGAAGAGUGGUUCCCAUUGAAUUCCGGAGAGGCCGAUAGACUUACAGUGACUGCUACGACUCGGAACCUUAAUUUCUGA